AAAUAAUGUCCAUUCAUUUAGAUUUGAUGAACUAAUUUAAUUUUAGUGCCCAAUGCCAACGGCGCACACAGCAUUUUUCCGACUAUUCAAUGACCACCGUUAUCCGUCGCUGUGCAAUCGCUAUCCCCGUCGCUAUCACCGCUGCCGCCUCGGGCCUCGCCGUUCACGGUUCAACCACUCCCACACCCGCGUUGACAAUUGCCAUCGCCACCGCAAUACCUCUGUUAGGUUGGAUUUACGGUUGGCAUUAAAUUCCACAACGAGGGUAUUGCGGUAAUUUCGACCCGUUCAUUAACUCCGAUGCCCACAGCUAUUAAAAUUUCCCGCGAACCACGGGCCUGAAAUUAAUGAAAAUCCCGGUUUACACUUCACACCUCAUUUCUCAAUCCACACAAAUCUGAAAUCUGUCUAUACUUCUCUUCUCUCUCUAAUGUCGGCGGCGAACCCGCCGGAGUCGGCGAGCAGCGUCGGCCUCGGCUACGGCAUCGCCAUUGCGGUCAGCAUCCUGGUGCUUAUCUCGACCAUCAUGCUCGCCUCUUACGCUUGCGUGAGAGUGAAGGCCGGCGGCGGAAGAGGGGGUGGAGGCGGCGGCCCCGGAAGAGGUGAGAUAAGCGGGAGGAGCCUCCAGUCUGUCGGCGGAGUAUUGCCGGAGACGGUGGUGGUGGUGGGCUUGGAGGGGCCCGUGAUAGAGUCGUUUCCGAAAUUGGUACUGGGCGAGAGCCGGCGACUGCCCAGGCCCAACAACGGCCCAUGCUCCAUAUGCCUGUCAGAGUACAAGGCGAAGGAUAUGGUGCGGUGCGUUCCAGAGUGCAACCACUGCUUCCAUUCUGAUUGCAUUGAUGAGUGGCUCCGGAUGAGCGCCACGUGUCCUCUCUGCCGGAAUUCUCCGAGCCCAUCCGCGGGCCCCACACCGGUUGCCACACCUAUGUCCGAAGUGACACCCUUGCCCUUCCAUGCUAGGUGAUAUUUUCUUUCUUAUUUUAUUUUAUUUUUUAUUUUAUUUUUUUGUGUUUCAUACUGUAUAAGGCAAUGGAGCUGAUGUUGUAGGAGUAGAACUAUUACAUUAAUUUGUAUAUUAUUCUAUUAUUCGAUUUGAU